CUCAUUCAGUAUAUCCCGCGCAAUUUAUAUAGUUUAGUGCGUAAAAUGUUCCCUUGGCUAGUGGCAGUUCUUUUGAUCGUUUUGGUUCUGGUUAUCUUCAAAUACUCCAAAGUUGAAGCUGCGUACUGGAAGAAAAAAGGCGUACACUGUCCCAAACCGGUACCGAUUUUCGGCAACUUCAGCGAAGUCUGCUUCUUCCAGAAAACGGUGGGUGAUUGGCUACAGAAUCUGUACGAUAUAGUGCAUCUGGACUACUUUGGCAUCUACAUCUUCGACCAACCAGCACUGGUCUUGAAAUCUCCAGAGCUGAUUCGAAGAGUACUGAUCCAAGAUUCCGUGAACUUCAUCAACAAAACGCUCGCCGAACCCAAUCACGAUGAAGCUUUGUCGAACUUGAUGUUCCUGCAGAAGGAUGAGAGAUGGAAAGCUUUCAGGUCCAGGAUGACCCCAGUUUUCUCUAGCAAGAAAAUUAAAGCACUACUACCAACCUUGGACAGUGAAUGUCGGAAAAUGAAAGCCUAUUUAGUGAGAAACACUGGCAUUCUGGAAUGCAAAGGUAUCUGCGAGAAACUGAUGACUAACAUAUUAGCUAGAUGUGUGUUCGGGGUAGAUGCUCAUUCGUUCGAAGAAGAAGACGCAGAAUUCAGGAGGAUCAGCAAGGUUAUGUUUGGGUUUAGUUGGAGGAACGCCGUCGUGCAGUCCAUGUAUUUCUUCAUGCCAAGAUGGGCUGAGUGGCUCAGACUUCAUUUCAUCGAGAAGUCCAUCAUGGAUUAUCUUCAUCGAGUGUAUUUCGAAUCUGUCAAGGCUAGGAAGAAGUAUGGUUUUAAUAAAAUGAAUGAUUUGAUCGACAUAAUUCAUGAAAUGGAGAGCAAGAAGAAUUCUAAUGAAGACAUCGAUAUAGAUAGCUUCAAAGCGGCAGCAUUUGCUGUCCAAUUCUUCUUUGCUGGAUUUGAGACAACGAUAUCGACGAUUUCAUUUACUUUGCACGAGUUGUGUCUUAAUUUGAAUGUGCAAGACAAGCUCAGGGCAGAAAUACUUGCAAGUAUCAGUAAACACCGAGGUAUAACUUACGACAGUCUGUUGGAGAUGAAGUAUCUAGAUAUGUGUAUACAUGAGACUCUUCGCAAAUAUCCCGUACUGCCCUUCCUCGACAGAGCCUGCAACGAAGACUACACCUUUCCGGGAAGUAAUCUGACAGUAGAAAAGGGUACCCCAAUUUACGUACCCCUUCGUGCCAUGCACAUGGACGAGCAGUAUUUUUCCGAACCUCAGAAAUUCGAGCCAGAAAGGUUCAUCAACAGAAAGUAUAAUGAGCAUGGAUUGGUGUAUUUGCCCUUCGGAGCUGGACCCCGAAAUUGCAUAGGAGAACGAUUUGGCCUUAUCAGUACCAAACUAGCACUGGUCCAUAUUUUGUCACAAUUUCAUGUUGAGAAAUGCACAGCUACACCAGAUCCAGUGGUUUUUGACCCAAAGAGCGUGAUGCUUCAGUCCAAGGUUGGUUUACCCAUGACAUUAAGGCUGAUUUAGAGGUUUUUGACAACACAAAUCCAUAUCAAAUAAUGGCAAUUCA